AUGCAGCAGAAAAGGAUUUCCAAUUCUCCGUUGAAACUGUAUAAUUCGGCUCUAAAAUGUGGCCCUAUUCCGAAGGGUUUUAUUGGUAAUCAGGAGCGACGAGAAUACGAACCGUCUCAAAUCGCUUGGGACGUGCCAUGGCCAUUAAGGUCAUCCACACGUGCGCCAUUAAGAUACCCCUUUACCGUGCAGGGAGCAAUUUUUCACAAAGGCGAAGAACAUCUUCAAUCUGUAUUCUCAAGAGCAAUCUCUGACACAAAAAAUGAAAACCAUGAACUCGUAUUUGAACUUGUAGCAGUCAUUAAGUACAUCGAAGGCAAUACCGACAGCUUUAUGACUGCUAUAGCUGCUUGUGAACUUCUUGAGGAAGGGGUGGCAGCCAUUUUCGGGCCUUCCAGUCGGUAUACUAGUGGCAUAGUUGCGAGUAUUGCUGCGAGAUUUGAUAUUCCGCAUAUAGAGUAUGUUUGGCGAGAAAGCAAAGAAAAGCAAAAUCGGAAGAAAGCUUCAUCAUUAAUGACCAUAAACAUAUCCCCUGCCAGUGAACAAGUUAGCCAGGCUAUCGCCGAUAUCAUUAAUUCAAUGAACUGGCGAAAAUUCGCAGCGAUUUACGAAACUGAUGAAGGACUGUCUCGUCUUCAGAAAACUUUGAUUCUAAAAGGAGACGAGAACGAUCCGAUUAUACAUACAGCAUGGAAGCUUGACGAAGGACCGGAUUAUCGCUCAAUGCUUAAACAGAUACGCUAUUUGCCAAUGCAGAAUAUAAUUAUCGAUGUUAAACCGGAAAAUAUUAUGAAAGUGCUCCAUCAGGCAGAGGAAGUCAGUUUACUGUCAGAUUAUUCCGACUUCUUAGAUUCAGCGGUCCUCUAUGACGCAGUAUUUUUGUUGCAUACAGCAUUAGAGACUUUAAAUGCAAGAAAUAUUGAAAAUGAAGUAGAUAUGUCCAUUGAUCCUAUACCACUUUCUUGUACUAAUAGUACUAGAAAGUAUCAAGUAGGAUCUUAUAUUACUAGUAUUAUGCGAGAGAGUAGACCCUACAUUAUGGAAGUAAUCGAUGGUUCAACGCGAGGAGUACUAAUUGGUCAAAAACGCUAUGAAGGUUAUUGCAUCGAUCUGAUUAAUCUUAUCGCAAAUUUUCUACGCUUUAAAGGGAUAGUAUUCCAACUCGUAACUGAUGGACCUAGCAAUUAUGAUCCACAAACAAAAACUUGGAAUGGUCUAAUCAGGAGCAUUCUGGAUCAUGAAGCCGAUCUUGCUGUAUCCGAUUUAACGAUAACAUCUCUCCGCAUGACCGUUGUGGAUUUUAGUUUGCCUUUCAUGACCACAGGUAAUACAAUAUCCCUAGAGAAAUAA